GGUCACAAGAAAACCUUUCGAGCGUUGAAGAAAGAAUUGCCAGCAAAAAUAUAAGUGAAUUUUCGGUGAAGCUGCUGCUGGGUUGAAAAACAUGAAGAUAGGUGAAGGUGGGAUACCCAUCACCAUGGUAACGCAGAUGAUGAUGGCUGUAAUGGUGGUGGUGGUGAUGAUGUUUGUGGCAGAUGGAGCUGAUAAAAACGAUGUUUUCAGCCCCUGUUCUGAUGCAAAAGUUCAAAAAUUAGAUGGUUUUACCUUUGGUCUUGCAUUUUCAACCAAGGAAUCCUUCUUUUUCAAUCAGACUCAACUUUCUCCUUGCGAUCAGCGUCUCUCCCUCUCAAGUAAAAAUGCUCAACUUGCUCUGUUUAGGCCCAAGGUCGACGAGAUCUCUUUCCUCACCAUUAAUAGCAGCACCUUCAAUCCGGUUCAGUUUGGUGGGUAUAUGGUAGCAUUUGCUGGACAGAAAUAUGCAGCAAGAUCUCUCCCAAUUUUGGUUGCUGACUCAACUAACACCAUAACUAGUUUCACUCUGGUCCUAGAAUUCCAGGAAGGUAGUCUUCAAAAUCUAUACUGGAAGAACUUUGGGUGUAAUGCUUGCUCCCAGGACUCGACUUGCCUCAACAAUCAGAACUGUGCAGUGGCAACCUCUAAUUGCACAAGCAAUGGUGGGUCAAAGGAUUGCAAUUUAAGCAUACAAUUGACAUUUUCUGGUACAGAUAAGAAUCUUGAUGCACUUAAUUCAUGGUAUGAGGUGGAAAAUCUUCGGCAGUACUCCCUCUACGGUCUAUUCUCCAAUAUUCGUGAUUCUGUCACCCCCCAGAUAAUAUGACAAAUAG